AUGAAGGUCAUUAUCGUUGGUGGUGGUAUUGGUGGUCUCGCGACUGCGAUUGGUUUGCGUCGUGCUGGCCAUCAGGUCAAGGCUAACCACCGGCUACGGGUCUGGCAGAUCUUUGAACGAUCUUCGUUCCUCCACGAAAUUGGUGCAGCUAUCAACAUCUGCCCAAAUGCCGCUCGGGUUCUCUCACACUGGGGAUUCAAUGUUGAACUAGCCCGCAUGGUAACCGCACGGCAGUCUAUUGUAGCACUCGGAAGCUCACUCAAACCAUUGGCGGAAGUGGAUUGCUCAAAGUGUGAGGAAGUGUAUGGUGCACCGUGGCUGCUGGCCCAUCGAGUCGACCUACAUUCGGAGUUACGCCGUCUGGCUACAACUCCGGAGGGACCCGGAUUACCGGCAGACAUCGUCUUGAACUCAAAGGUCGUUGGAUAUGACGCUUCGGAGGGAUAUGUAACGCUGGCGGACGGGUCUGUGCAUGGGGCGGAUCUCAUCGUCGCAGCGGACGGAGUCCAUACGUCCGCUAUCCAACAUGUCAAUGGCCGUGCAACACGACCAGUUUCUACCGGCUCAGCAGUGUUUCGGUUCCUACUCUCGACCGAGGAUUUGCCAGAUGAUCCUAAUAUAGAGCCACACUUCGGUGAUGGUCUUUUGCGGAUUAUGGCUGCGGAGGGUGUGAGGCGGUUGGUUUGGUAUCCAUGUGCUAAUAACUCAGUGCAGAACUUCGUGGGAAUACAUCCAGAUCAAUAUACAAACGGCGACGAACAAGAAUCCUGGGACCGGUCCGCCCAUGUCAAUGAUGUGCUGGCGCAAUACCACGACUUCCAUCCCAGCAUUUUGAACAUUAUCAAGAAGGCGACCAAUAUCAAGCGGUGGCCACUUCUGUACCGGGAACCCGUGCCAACUUGGAGCUGUGACCGUCUAGUGCUUAUUGGGGACGCAGCGCAUCCUAUGCUACCUCACCAGGGCCAAGGUGGGGCUCAGGCUAUUGAGGAUGCAGGCGCAUUGAGUGAGAUCUUCACUCAGUUGCCUGCCAAACCCACGGCAGAUGAGAUCCGUGACCGUCUCGCACUAUUUGAAAGGGUUCGGAUCAAGCGCGCGUCGGCGAUACAGGUCACCUCCAAUGUUGGACAGGACGAAGCGUGGAAAAUCCGGGAACACGCACAGCAAUACAUGCCAGAAGGUGUUGAUGUGCCCACGUCGCCAGCAGAAUUCAUGGAGCAUAACUUCCGUUAUGAUGUUCUCGAGGAUAGUCGGCAACAGCUCGAGGCUUUCUUGGGGAAGAGUUAGGAUCAGAAUGGUUGGCUUUCCGAUUCACUAGGUGGACGUGAACACAAUCGAGCCUGUUCUGCGUUGACUCAAAGUAUAUCCUGCAAGUUUCCUUCAUAUUAGUCGUGACCACUGAACGCCUUUGUGAGUGGGGAGG